CCCAGCCAAUCCCUCCCUGCGUCUCAGCCUCCUCAGCCUGCAUCCUCCCCCCCCAUCCCUCCGCCUCAGCCUGCAUCCUCCCCCCCCCAUCCCUCCUCCUCCUGCCCCCGCCCCUGUUUGCUCUAUCGGAGCUGUGCGCGCAGCGCUCUCGCGGGCCAGGCAAAACGGGCUCCUGUCCUUAGCGGAGGAGUCUGAGUGGCCAGGUGAACUGCCGUCUGCUGUCCCUAUCACCUAUUCCCACCCUGGAACUGCUCAACAGCAGGUUUUUAAUGAGUCACUUCCUUAUUCUGUAAUGAGAGAAUUAAGGAAAGCCAUUGCUGAUUCUGGUCUAAAAUCCUCUUAUGUGACAGGAAUGCUAGAAGGCAUAGCAACUGGUUACAUAAUGCUACCUCAAGACUGGAAAGACCUGAUGCGCAUGCUUUUAUCCCCAGCUCAGUAUGUGGUGUUUGAGAGUGAAUUUAAACAUAGCGCAUCAGCCCUGUCUGAUCCGCAGCAUACUGCCAAUCAACUUUAUGGCGCUGGUCAGUAUAAUGAUAUAACAGCCCAGGCGACGCUGACACCUGUACAUUUUAGCCGCACCGCGACCUGUGUACAACGCGCCUUUCGGAAAGUCCCUGUUUCAGGGCAACCGCUGAGCUCCUUUGUCAAUAUUAAGCAACAGCAUUCGGAGCCAUACCAUCAGUUUAUAGAUAGAUUGAAAGAAUCAGUCACUAGGCAGAUUGAUAACACUACAGCUCAAAAUGAAUUGAUGAAAAAAUUGGCCUUUGAAAACGCAAACACCGAUUGCAAGAAAGCUUUGCAGUCAAUCAUACAUCGCCCUAAAUAUGACCUGGCCGAUAUGAUUCAAGCUUGUGCGGAUGUCGGUAGCCAGAGCCAUGCGAUGUCUUUGCUUGCCGGCGCAAUUCAAGCUACCAAUAGACCUACAG